AUGGUGAAAUCAAAGAAAUUCAGAGGUGUUAGGCAACGCCAUUGGGGCUCUUGGGUCUCGGAGAUUCGUCAUCCAUUAUUGAAAAGGAGGGUUUGGUUAGGAACAUUUGAGACAGCUGAAGAAGCAGCUAGAGCAUAUGAUGAAGCAGCCAUUCUAAUGAGUGGAAGAAAUGCAAAAACAAAUUUCCCUGUUUCUGAUAACAAUUCAAUAGCAAAUAGCAACAACAAAACAUUUGCAACAUCCUCUUCAACUUCCACAAAACCUAAUACAUCACUCUCUGCAAUUCUAAGUGCAAAACUUAGAAAAUGUUGCAAGUCACCUUCACCUUCCCUCACUUGUCUAAGGCUUGACACUGAGAAUUCACACUUUGGAGUGUGGCAGAAAAGAGCAGGACCUCGUUCGGACUCGAGCUGGAUCAUGAUGGUUGAACUGGAAAGGAAGAAGAAAGAACAAGAAGAAGAGAGUGAAGAUUCGGAGAAGGCCGUGAAACCGGAAAAUGAAGAUGAAGAAGGAAAUGAUAAGAACAAAGGAUUGGAUGAAGAACAACGAAUUGCACUUCAGAUGAUAGAAGAACUUCUCAAUAGGAAUUAA